AUGUCGGGAAAUCGGAAGCUUUGGACAAUUGUUCUGCUGAUUUUCACAUUGACAAUUUUUUCGGCUGAUUUUGAGGAACAAUUAUCGAUUGAUCAGAUUUUGGUGCAUCUGGCGGUUAUUAAUUUGUUUCUGGUGCUUUUAAUUUACCCUCCAGAUGUUUUUAUCACUGGUGAGUUGGAAAAUCGAUAAUUUUGAGGGAGAAAAUGCCACGUGGCAGAGUUUGUCGCGAAACUUCGUAUUUUUGAAAAAAAUAGGAAUUCAAAAAUCCACAUGGCAAAUUUAACAAAUUUUCUCAUUUUUCAGCUCUCGAUUUCAAUUUGGAAGGAAUAAUUCGAUGUUUUUGGACAUCUGAAAAUACAACAAAUUCUGAAAAUUCUUUGGAAUAUAUUUGUUUUCGAAUUCGAGGUUACAAAUCAUCGAUUUUCUUAUUUCCACUCGCAAAUUCUGCUUAUUUUAUCUACGGAAAUCUGUUUUUUAGUGGAAUUUCUCAAAGAUUUCCUGAAUUUCUAGAUUUUUCUGGGAUUUUCGAAAUUGUUUUCGGCGCAAGUUUGAUUGGAAUUAUUGCAUAUUAUUGUUGGAUUUCGAAAAUACAAAAAUAUUCGGAUUUUCGCUGGAAUUCUAGCACAGAAUUCAGGAGAAUUUUAUCAAGUAAGACAGUUUUUUCAGUCAAAAACUUUUUAUUGAUUUUUUUUUAGAAACUCUCAAUAAAACAAUAGUGAUAACUGAUGAAUAUUUCAUUUAUUUCACCAAUUUUUCAUUGGAAAUCCAUGAAAAUAAAUCAACACAAAUUGAAGUUUGCCACGUGGCAAAUCUAAUAAUUCCCGAAAAUCGAGAGGAAGAUCAAGAACAAGAGCAAGUUAUUCGCGUGAAAAUCAAUGAAAAUCUUGAAUUUUCGAUGCGCUCACAAAUAUUUCGUGAAAUUCAAAAUCUCAAUAGAAUUCGGAUGAUUUGCUCGGAUUUUUGGCGUCAAAAAAUUGUUGCAUCGAUUUCGGAUCGAUUUAUUGAAGCAUUCAAAGAUAGAAUUCAAGAAAAUCCACCAAUUUUUGAUGAAAAAUUCGAGAAAGAAGCAUGUUUUGGAUGUGGAGAUGAGAAAAUCGAGAAAAAAGUUGUGAUUCGAAAAAAUUGUGAUUUUUCGUGCGAAAAUUGCAAAUGCGCUCCAUUGUGGUGUGUUUCGUGUAUGGCGCGCAUUUUUAUGGCGAAACAAGACAGAUCGGAAAAAUCGAGAUGGCUUUUUGGAUUUUCGAAUUGCCCGACAUGUCGCAAAAAGUUUUGUGCUCAAGAUGUUCGAAUUACUAAUUUUCAGGAGUGA